UACUCUGUCAGUUUUUUCUCGGACUCAAGAUGGCGGCGGUUCUUACGGAAGAACCACGCUUGGAAAAAGAAAGCACUAAUGAGAUGCCAGAGGAUGGCGAUGACGAGGUGGAAGACUUAGUGGACGCUAAUGAAGUCUCUUCGAGUAAGAAGAAAAAGAAGAAGAAGAAAAAGAAGAAAGGAGGUGGGGAGCAAACUACAGAAGUACUGAAUGGGGAAAUGAAUGGACAUGGAGAGAAAGAUGAUACAACCACUCAGACUGUUACAACAGAACCAGUGAAUGGUGUGCGACAAGAAGAUGCAGACGGUGAAGAUGCACCCGAAGGAGAAAAUGGUGUCACAGCUCCUGGAAAGAAGAAGAAAAAGAAGAAGAAGAAGUCAGCAGGAACCAAGUCAGGGGCUGGACAAGGUGAAAGAGCAAUAAAUAAUUGAUAGAAGGAAUUUGUGUUUGCUUGUUCCUUUUUGUUAUU